GAAGAAAAAAGGUUCAGAGCACUGUCCAGUGGGUCUAGAUGACCCAACUCCCAAUGUUAAAGUGCCUAGGAUAGAACAAGGGUCAAUGACGUCACAGCAGGUGAUCAAUUACAAUGUUUCCUGCUUUUAGGUGAAAACAAUCAUGUUAAGCUAAAACGUCUUUAUUGUUGGUUCAUAAUGUAAACUUCGUGACAGUUCUGUUGAAAUUAACAGGUCAAUAAAAAUCCAUCGGAACCGUCCAGAUGAAGAACUGUCCGCGAGGCGCGGAGCUCCUGGUCUGUGUCACGUGACUGUGGUUUCUCUGCCGAGCGCGUGCCUGGAGGAGGCAGACGUCGUGCUGCGUCAUCUCUGCGCCCCCACCCCCUCCUGGCCCCCUCCCAGUAUCAUUGUGGACCGGCGGAGCAACAGGAACCUCCUCCUCUUCCUCACGCGGAGGGUCAGCCGUCUCCUCCUCCCGGUUCGGUCCUGGAUGUCUUCUCUCCCUCGCGGUUGUGAGCUGCUCUGAAGCAAACGGAGGACCGCCGUCUCCAGACAUGCAGAAGGUGGAGGGUCGGGUAACCCCGGUCAACCUGCCGUCCUCCAAGGAACCCAGCACGCCAGGCUCUCCGGCCCCCGGCAUCAUGACCCGGCUGAACGACCAGGUGGUGGGUUACAAAGACCUGGCGGCGCUGCCCAAAGACAAAGCCAUCCUGCAGGUGGAGCGGCCCGACCUGAUGACCUAUCAGCCGCACCUGAGCUUCUCCCCCCUCGACCUUCCACGCAGAGAGCGCUCCCUGUCUCCUCCCGCCAUAUCGCCCGCCCUGUCUCCUGAGGUGAAAGGUCGGCGGGCGGAGAGCGAGAGCGGCUCACCUGGAGGAUCCACGCUGCAGCUGCAGGCAGGACGCAAGAUCAGCACCAGCCUGCAGCACUUCCACCGGCCAGAAUCUUCUGAUCUUCUUCCAGAUAACGGGACCAACAUCUACAGGAAGCCCCCCAUCUACAAACAGGACGCCCUCAAACACGGGGAGGGCAGCAGCGUGGUUAAGGCCGCCAAGUUCCCCGCUGCUCAGCCCCCCGACCCCAACAUGCCCUCCAAGAUCGAGACCGAGUACUGGCCCUGCCCCCCCUCGCUGGCCGCCAUGGAGAUCGAGAGGAAGAAGAAGAAGCUGCCGGAGGAGGACGAGUUUGAAGACCUGACAGAGGAGGCGGAGACGCUGCAGGAGCAGGAGCUGCAGAGGAUCCAGUCCAACCUGGGCCGUCUGAUCCUCAAGGAGGAGAAGGAGAAAGCCGUCCACUUCAGGAGGAAGACACAGUCGCUCCCCGACAGAACGCACAUGCACAACAGUUUGUCUGCUGGUUCUACAAAGUCUCCGUCACGUUCCGGUCUGACCAGAAUGCAGUCGGCAGAGUUUUCCACAGACGGAGACAAAAACCCAGCAGGUACGAGCCCCCCGCCCUCCAAAGCAGCCGCUCAGAACGGAGAGUCUCGGAGGGACCGCAUGGACCGAGGAAACUCUCUGCCGAGCAUCCUGGAGCAGAAGAUUCUUCCGUAUGAAGCCCUGGUCGUGACCCACAGGGGGCGCUCCAAGCUGCCUCCCGGAGUGGACCGCACCCGUCUGGAGAGGCAUCUGUCGGCGGACGACUUCCAGCGAGUGUUCGGGAUGUCGAUGGCCGAGUUCGACCGCCUGUCGCUAUGGAGACGAAACGACCUGAAGAAGAAAGCCUCGCUCUUCUAACAGGAAGUGACCUCGUUCCCGGUGAAUACUUGAAGUUCCUGCUUUGAGAGGACCAGGAGGAACCGGGUCGGAACUUCACAUCUCUGCCCCAGCCGCCAGCAUCUUACUAACCAACCAGGCGCCUGGAGGAGCGUCCCGACCUGGACUGAGCCGCUGACAUGCUGGCUGCACUUAUAACCCCCCCCCGCUUGCAAAUCUGCACUAUUCCACUGCAUAUCCACCCCCACCCCUUCAUCUUCAUCAUCAUCAUCAUCAUCGUCAUCACAGCUGCACGUUCAGAGGAAGAGGCUCAGAGAUCUGCAGGACGAUUGAUACGGUCACCAUGACAACGAAGCCAUCAGCUGCUGAAAACCUCAGUAUGUUUGGUAAAAACCGUUUCUGCUCACAGUUCUGACCCAAAAGAAAACCGGGUUUGGACCUGAGACCCUCUGGAGCCACCAGGGACUGUAAGCCCCCAUGACUCCCUGGGGGCGCCCUGCGAUGCUUUCAUGUGCCUGUCCCAAGUCUGGUAAAUUGACUUGGGACAGGCCAUCGACUGUAUCACAGAACUGGACUGAGAGUGACCCCCGCCCCCACAGAAAAUGGUUUAUUCCAAAUCCCUCACCUUAAGGACGCCGCCAUGUUGGAGCCAGAAGUUAUUAGUAAGCAGCGAUUGCUUCAAGUCGACAUUUCUAUGGCAACCACUCAUUCCAGUCAGGAUUGAGCUUGUUGAAAGGCCACACCCCCUACCACUUGAAAACAGGCUACACAAAAUCUGGGAACACUGGGGGGCGGGGCCACUCAGUCCAGUCCAGGUCUCAGAUACAGUCAGUGGUAAACGGUGUUGAGUCAGGAAGGGCAUCUGCCGUAAAACUGAAGCCAAACCACAUGUGGAUCUGCUGUGGCGCCCCCUAAAGGAUCUGGAAUGAUCCUGGAUGGAUCUGGGGGGAUGAAUGCUGAAGAGUCUGACUGCACAACAAAACGUCUGUUUUUUGAUUUGGUUUGUUUUUUUCUGUUGAUCGGCUGCAACAGGCAGGAAGAACCUCAGAACCAAUCCUGUCAUAAAUGUUUUCCUCCCAGGCUUUGAUCUUUGGUGUCUUUAUACUUCAGGUCUUUGCAUCUCUGACGUCCCAAACAUAAACUUCUGCUGGAAUACAAAAUAAAUGUCCAUCAAGCUUU